AGCGCAAACCCGGACUCCUCUUCGUAGUGCCGCCGGGACCGUUGGUUAGUCAGUGUGUGUGGCAGCUUCCGUAUAACUCGAGCCCCGGGCGCUGCGAGCUAAAGAGCAGAGCACGCGGGCCGGUCAACAUGUCGCGCUACGGGCGGUAUGGAGGAGAAACCAAGGUAUACGUUGGUAACCUGGGAACUGGUGCUGGCAAAGGAGAGUUAGAAAGGGCUUUCAGUUAUUAUGGUCCAUUAAGAACUGUAUGGAUUGCAAGAAAUCCCCCAGGAUUUGCCUUUGUGGAAUUUGAAGAUCCUAGAGAUGCAGAAGAUGCUGUGAGAGGACUGGAUGGGAAGGUGAUAUGUGGUUCCCGAGUGAGGGUUGAACUAUCAACAGGCAUGCCCCGGAGAUCUCGUUUUGAUAGACCACCUGCCCGACGUCCCUUUGAUCCCAAUGAUAGAUGCUAUGAGUGUGGCGAAAAGGGACAUUAUGCUUAUGAUUGUCAUCGCUAUAGCCGGCGAAGAAGAAGCAGGUCACGAUCUAGAUCACAUUCUCGAUCCAGAGGAAGGCGGUACUCUCGCUCACGUAGCCGGAGCAGGGGACGGAGGUCAAGAUCAGCAAGUCCUCGGCGAUCAAGAUCUGUAUCUCUUCGUAGAUCAAGAUCAGCUUCCCUCAGAAGAUCUAGGUCUGGUUCUAUAAAAGGAUCGAGGUAUUUCCAAUCCCGAUCGAGGUCAAGAUCAAGAUCUAGGUCUCUUUCACGACCAAGAAGCAGCCGAUCAAAGUCCAGAUCUCCAUCUCCAAAAAGAAGUCGUUCCCCAUCAGGAAGUCCACGCAGAAGUGCAAGUCCUGAAAGAAUGGACUGAAGUUCUCAAGUUCACCCUUUAGGGAAAAGUUAUUUUGUUUACAUUAUUAUAAGGGAUUUGUGAUGUCUGUAAAAUGUAACCUAGGAAGGAUAUUUCAACCAUCUAAAUCAAAAUGGAUCUGGAUUAACACUCUGUAAAUUCACAGCAGUAAGAUAAUAUAAGUUUUUUUGUUGAAUGUAAUUAACAUCUUUAUGGUCUGAAAAUGGGUUUUUAUUUGGCACAUUUAAAUAAAAUGUUUCUAACUAGA